CACCGUUACGGGUCAUAACACACUUAUCUAUGCGACGCAACCGCCCGAGCGAUGGCCCAUGUUGAUCAUGGUUUAAUUACGGGGAGGAGUAACUUAAUUUGCUCGUAGCCGAUGCCUAAUUUUCCAAAUUUGUUGCUUCCCUCUCGUUCCAGAUAUUCCUGCCGUUGUUCGGCAGUAGCAAGCCGCAAACCGCUGCACCGUAGCAAGCCAUGAACGACAAUAGCCCGCACAAGCGGUGACAGGGGCGCGGUGUGCCUUCUUUUCCGCAUCCCAGCAAGCGUCGGAAUCAAUGGCUGCUGUGCCUAUCGUCACCACCACCACCACGACCAAUAGGAAGAAGACGGGAUCUGCACCACAUAGCAGGCGGCUGCGGUCAUAGCUGCCAGGACUCGAAGACUACUCGUGCAAGAAACAUCGUGCCUACGGCGUGCCAUCAUGGACGUUGAGAGCUAUGACAGCGCGGACUACAAUGCCACUGAUUACGUCAAUCGGACAACACCCAUCUACUCGAUUAAUCCGGAUUUUAUGACACAGUGGAAGCUGAAGAGAAAACAGGAAAAGUUCUGCAAGCAACUCUACAAAAGAUUAAAUCUACUAAAUUUCCCGGAAUGUCAAAACUUGCUCGGCAUUCCCUCGUACCACCGGUUGUACGAGAAGGCAUCAAGCGGCGACAGCAGCUCCGGUGGCACCGGGGGCGUCGGAAGCGCGGACUUUGAUAAUCUGCUCGAGUACGGCAACUGGUUCGCGAGCAGCAGCAGCAGCAACGGGAGCCUUCUGGAGUGGAACAAUGGCAGCGGCGGAGGCGGUUCUGUCAAUGGCACCUCUCUGGAUGGCGGCUUUGUCAUCAACGGAUCGCUGAUGGGUGGAGGGGAGGGAGGUCUGGGACCGGUGCUGCCACCGUUCGAACUCUGGCAAACGGUCCUGAUAGCGAUAUGUCUGGCGAUUUGCAUAAUACUCACCAUAGGUGGCAACAUUCUUGUGCUGCUGGCGUUCAUCGUGGACCGGAGCAUCCGACAGCCGAGUAACUACUUCAUCGCAUCACUCGCGGCUACCGAUAUGCUAAUAGGAACCGUUUCGAUGCCAUUCUACACGGUGUACGUCCUCAUGGGCUACUGGGAUCUGGGCCCGUUACUGUGCGAUUUGUGGCUGUCGGUGGAUUACACCGUGUGUUUGGUGUCUCAGUACACGGUGCUGUUGAUAACGAUUGAUCGAUUUUGCUCGGUGAAGAUUGCGGCCAAGUAUAGGAGCUGGCGAACGAAGAACAAGGUCAUCUGGAUGGUUACGAUAACGUGGAUCAUCCCGGCUUUGCUGUUUUUCAUCUCGAUUUUCGGCUGGGAGCACUUUGUGGGGUACCGCGAUUUGGCUCCUGGCGAGUGUACGGUGCAGUUUCUGAAGGAUCCGGUUUUCAAUACGGCUUUGAUAAUCGGAUACUACUGGACCACGUUGGUGGUGCUGUUUGUACUGUAUGGAGGGAUUUACAAAACGGCUUAUGAUAUGCAGAAGAAGAGCGAAGCUAAGCAGCGGAAGAUGCAAUCAAUGGUAGCCCUGGGGAAUGCCAUGACUGGGUUGACAGGUCAAGCAGCGGGUAUCGGGAUAUCUAAAACGCAGAGUACUUUACUAAGUCAGGAUAAGCCAUUGCCACUGCCAACUACACCAGCGUCGAAUAUGAUGCUUCCUGCAACGUUGGCCUUAGCCUCGAACCAAAUGCAGAAAGAAGAAGCCGGAUCCAGUAGGAAAAGCUCAAUGCCAAAGCCAAAAGACGAGAAGGUGGACGAUCAGAGGAAGAGUAAAGAAGAGAAAGAAGGUGACAAGAGUGAGCGAUCUAGUAGUCCGGCAUUCGAUUCGGACGAUGAGAGCUCAGCGAAUACAAAGCAGCAGCAGGAGGAAGCGCGAGUUGCCAAGAAGCGGACUUCACUGGCUGGAUUGCUCGUAGGAGCUUCAGCGACUGUUCUGUCGAAUAGGUACAACAAUGGGGCGGUGAAAACAACGACAACUCCUACCAGUGAGCAAGGAAAGCCGAAAAGGUCUCCAAGCAAUCCUAACAAGAAUGAAGGACUGCCAAAAAUCACAGAGGCAAGCAUAAUGGACUCUGACAAUACGGAUGGGAAACCUCAGGUGUCCCCUCUGAAGCCGACGCCGGUGCAGUCUCCCAUUUCGCCAGUGGACAUCGAACCAGUGGUGGUGGCCAAAUCCGAGCGAGCUCCGGAGAUUUCCCACACAAUCUUAACGCCACCCUAUGGUUUUCAAGGUAGCCCUAGGGCUUCCGACAGUCCACCGUCCAAAUCAGACAGGCCUCAUAGUAUAAUAAGUCAAGGGGACUCGACCGUCACGUACGACGCCAUGGUCAGUAUGGACGGUGCCGACCUCCGAUUCAUGGACGAAAGUUCAGUUGUGGUUCCCUCGCCGCAGUACGAGAGUCCUCCGUCGGCAUUCGCUGUCGUGCAACCUCGCUCGCCAGCACACUCCGCUGCCCAAAGCAUAGCAAAUCCUUCACUUCUCCAGAAGGCUCUCAUUCGAGCAACGGCGCAAUCCCAACAGCCGCCUCCAACCGUUCUCCUACGUACCAUCGACGUAGGUCCCCUCUCCCCCACGGGCCAACAGAACACCAUACAGCCCAUCAAUAAGUUUAGUACAACAGUCACAGUAGCCUCUCAGAACCCGGACAAACCGGUCACCGUGUUGAACAGCUCCUGCACAAACCACCCAACCGUAGAUCAGGCCUUACCGCAGCACUCGUCGGCGGACAGCCCGAGCCUUAAUUCGAGAAUGCGAUCAAACAAUCCUACGUCGGUUUCAAGCACUUCCUCGAAUCCCAAACCAUCGACGGCCCCCGCAGCCCCGGAACAACCCACGCCAACCACCUCGACAACGACCAGCAGCAGCACGGCAGCGCCUGCCGUUACAUCACCCCCUCCCCAAACCAACGCCCUCCCACCCAGCACCGUGCAAACGCAAGUAUCUUCCUCGACGACCAACAACACCCCGAGCGGAGCAACGAUCACCAUCAACCCCUGCCUGGAGCGACAGACCUCCAGCAAGCGGGACUUCAUCCGGUCGAUCGGCAAAAGACUGAAAGGCAACAAGAAGGCCGGAUCGCUUGGGGUGGGCCGGCAAAAGUCCAAAUCGGAGAAUCGGGCCCGCAAGGCGUUCCGGACGAUAUCGUUCAUCCUGGGGGCGUUCGUGGCCUGCUGGACUCCGUACCACGUGCUGGCCCUGGUCGUGGGGUUCUGUAGGAACCCACCGUGCAUCAACGAGCACCUGUUUAUGUUCUCGUACUUCCUGUGCUACGCCAACAGCCCGAUGAAUCCGUUUUGCUACGCACUUGCCAACCAGCAGUUCAAGAAGACUUUCACGCGGAUCCUGCGCGGGGAUCUGCAUAUGACUUAAGGGGGGAUGGGUGGGGGGUAUUGUGGGGUGAAGGAUGUGUUUUCUGUUAGGCGGAACGAGGCUGGACUAGUACAGUGGAGGUUUGAUGGUAUCUUUUGAGUUUCUUGUGAAAAUUUGUGGAUUUGGGGCUGAAGCAGUUUGGGUAGUUUCUCAUGGCUGGUCUGCCAAGCCAACUAUGGAGAUUUGUCACUUGUGUACUAGUGUGCCAGGUUCAGUAGAAUAGACAACAGUCUCUGUAUUCGAAACAGCAUGGCUCACUACCCAGGGUAUACCAAGUAUUUGACAAUGUUAUCUGUAAUCCUAAAUAUCAAGUCAUGUCCUUUGAGAAUUUGUACAUUAUUGAUGCCUUGUAAUAUCUAAUAUUAGCUGUCCUUUGUUCGUUCAAAACUACAAAUCAGUAGAUUUGAUAAGUUAAGACUAAAAUUGAUUAACUCAGUUCAUAGCAGUUAAGCAGUUGUCUCAAGUUUUCCAAAUUAUCCGAAACUUCGAAUCAAAAGUUCUUCAUUCUUGAUGAACUAAGGCUCGCAUCGUGGGCACAACUAUGAUGUAUUUAAUGACGUUAUAUUGAAAAUGUGGGAUACCUUAAAAGUACAGUCAGGAAGCCAGAGUAACUCAUAGGAUAAUAGUUUUAUUAUGGUUUUAUGAUGGUUCUAAGAAUACAUCUGAGCCCAUUUGUCCUUUACAGAUUACAUUCAUCACAAUAAAAUGAUGUUAGAGAAAUAUCACUUUGAUGUCGAAUUACAAAACGUUUGUUUGUGGCUUUAAUUAUCUGCAAGUCGAUCUAUGACGUAAAUUUUGGAACCUUUAAAAUAUUCUGACCAGACAACAAUUUUUGUAAACUAUUCCUAGGGGAACCUUUUGGAAAUACUAUGGAAAAUGCUCAUGAAGUAUCCGGGGAGAAAUCUCCGAAGAAAUAUUUAGAAGAAUGUCAGAAGGACAAACCUUAUGUAAAAAGAAAACCUAGUAGAUUACCAAAAGUGAUCCCUAGAGAAAUCUGUUAGGAAAUCUUUAUAGAAAUUUGUGAAAGCAUCCUUAAAGGAGUUGAAAAAAAGACAAUGCAUUCCAAACAAACUGCUGAAAAAAAACAUGAGAAUGCCUCUGAGAAGUUUGGCAAAAUUCUAGAAAAUUUGUAGUUGCGUUGACAGAGAACUUUCCAAAUUUAAAAUUUCUGCGAAAAUUAUUGCAGAAACUCCUGAAGAAAUUCCAGGGCAUAAUAUCAGGAGAAAAUCUUGAAAAAAAGUUUAUCAAUUACUCAAGUAUUUUUUAGUUAAAUCGCCAUGAAUACCAGUCUAUCCAUCAUUUACCUGAGGGAGAGGGAAGAGAGCAAUAAUGGAUGGGAUUGGGAAAAAGAAGGUAAGGGAAUAGGAUCGACAUAAUGAAAGCGUAAGGGAAGCCUACAUACCACAACGGGUUCAGAACAAAAGAAUAUCCUGAAGAAUCAGACUUCUUAUGUCAGUUUAACUUAUUCAAGUUUUUAUCGAGUAUUCGGAAACGCAGUUGCGUAUAUGUUACUGCGGUGGUGAAAUACCAGCGUAGCCAUUCGUGGAGGAUUCCACUCUCGAAGAAAUUCCUGGAUGAAAUCUUGUUCAUAUUCUUGCAGGAAACCCUAAAAGAACUUAUUGAAAUUCCUGGAGAAGUUUUAAAUGUUGGAGAAUUAUCAGGUAGAAUUUUUGAAGUGGAAAAAUUGAGUGAUAAAAUUCCUAGAGAACUUCCUAGAGGAGUGCCCAAGCAGACUCUCUUAAUGGACGCCUGGAGUAGAAAUUUCUGGAAGUACUUAUGCACGAAGUCUAUCAUGAAGUCCACGAUGGCUUCCUAUUCUGUAGAAAUAUUAAAAAAAAAUGUAGUGUGGCUUCUGUUGUAAACUCUUUAGAAAUUUGUUUUGGGUAUUGCUUUAAAACCUAAUGGAGAAAAUAAAAAAAAAAUGUUCUUUUAAUUUUUUUGGGGAAAUAUUGUUUGAAAAUUUCCAGAAUGAAUAUAUUGAGCAAUUUCUGGAGAAGUUUGUGCAAAAGUUAAAAAAUCAUUAAGGAAGUCUGAAGUACAUUUUAAAGUAAUCACUGCAGGUAUACCUCGAAAAAAUCUGGGAAAAAAUCUGAAAACUGAUCUUGUACUUUUUUUUUUUGAAAAAAAAACAUAUAAAAUUUCAGGCAAAUAAUUACAAGAGGGGUUUUCUUAGAUUUUUCUGUAGGUUUCCCAAAAAAUAAUGUUUGAAAGAAUUUCAAAAACACAAAAAUUCCCUACCAAAUACCUGAGCAGAAUUCAUGCAGGAAUUAUGCAAUUUUUGGAAAUGAAAAAUCAUAGAGAAAAUCCAGUGGAAAUUGCUGGGAACACUUGAACAAUUUUCUGCACAAUUUUUUUUAGAAAGUGCUAAGGCAUUUCUUAUAAAAUUUCAGGAAGCAUCUCUAAAUGUCUGGAGAAAUUCUUAAAAAAAAUAUCUGGUAAUUGCCAAAGUUAUUUCAGCAGACAUUCGUGAGGGAAAUCUUGGCCAUAUCCAGCUGAAAACCAAAGAUGAUUCCUUGUGAAAUUCUUGGAAAAAAAAAUUGGAACAACAUCUUAAGAAAAUACACUGAAGUUUUUUUCUUUCGACGGUAUUGAUACCGCGUAAAAAAAACUUUAGUGUACAAGAGUAAUUACAGAAAUGAUUCCCGAAACGAGAAAGGAUUCGAAUCUAGGACAAUUCCUGGAAAAUCUGGGUGAAAUGCUUUGCAAAAUUUCUGAAAAGUAACACCUGAGGGAAUUCCCAAAGAAAUUUUUGAAACAAUUCCAAAUGGAUUUCAUGAAAGUUGAAAGUAAUUCUUGAGACAUCUUUAAUCGAAUUUGUGAAAAUUUCAACAUGGAUUUUUUUUUGUAGACAUUUCUGGAAGAGUACAUCGAAGAAUGUUUUGGCACAUCAUCAAAAACACGUCCGGAAAAGUUCCUGUAGAAAACUGUGAAGAAUUUUUCGACGAAAUUAGUGAAGCAAUUUCUGGAAAACAUUCUAGAGGAAUUAUUGGUAGAAUCUCUAGUGCAAGUCCUGGGGAUAUUUGAUGAAAAAAUACUGAAGGAGUCGAGAAAUUUCGAAACGAACCCAUAGGAUAAUUUUUUUUAAAAAUCAUAGAAAAAUCCCGAAGAUAAUGUUUAACGAAAUUCCCUGGUCAACCCCUAGAGGAAUUCCUUGUGAUAUUCCUUAAAUAAUUCCUGAGAAACUUCCUGGAGAAACUUUAAGUCAAACUUCUCAGCGAACUACUGAGAAAAUUUUGAGGAUUUUCCAAAGGAAUUCCUAAAUGAAUUUCUGCAAGACUGCCGGGAAAAAAUCCUGGAGGAAUGCAUGGAGAAAUUCCUGGAAGAACUCUUCAAGGACCUCCUUGUAAAGAUCCAUGAGCAAUUUUAGGCAAAUUCUCCUUCUGAAGAAACUUUUCAGAACUUCCUUGUGCAAGUUGUUGAGGAAUUUCUUAAGAAAUUCUUAGAGAAAUUCCAGAAGGAAUUCCCGAAGGAAUUCCUGGAGUAAUUUCGGAAGAAUUAUUGGAGGAAUUUCCGGGGGAAUGCCUGAGAGAAUUCACUGAGGAUUUGUCGGAGAAAUUCCUGGACGAAUUCCUGGAGAAGUUCUUGGAAUUGUCAGAGGAAUUCUUGAAAGAACUCCCGGAGAAAUUCCGAAAGGAAUCCUGGAAUUUCCCGGAGGGAUUCUAGGAGGAAUUCUUGAAAGAAUUUUGAAGGAAUUUCUGGAAGAAUUCUUGCAGGAAUUCCGGGAGAAAUGACAUGUGGAAUUCCUGGAGGCAUUUCCUGAGGAAUUCUUGGAGAAAUUCAUGGAGGAAUCCCUAGAGGAAUUCCUGGAGGAAUUCUUAGAAUAAUUCCCAUAGGAAUUUCUGGAGUAAUUCCCAGAGAAAUUCCAGGAGGAAUCCUUACAGGUGUGUCUGUAGAAAUCCCUGGAGGAAUUCUGGGAGAAUCUCUAGAGGAAUUCCUGGAGGAAUUCCCGGAACAAAUCCUGUAGAAAUUCCCAGAGGAAUUCUUGGGGGAGUUCCCAGAUUGAUUCCUGGAGAAAUUCCUAGAGAAAUUUUUGGAGGUUUUCCAGGAGGAAUUCUUGGAGGAAUUUUCAGAUGAAUUCCCAGAGGAAUUUCUGGAGGAAUUCCAAGAGGAAUUAAUGGAAAACUUUUCAGAGCAAUUAAUGGAGAAGUUCUGGAGGAAUUCCCAGAGAAAUUUCUGGAGGAAUUCUUGGAAUGAUUUCCAGGGGAAUUACUGGAUAAAUUCCCAGAGAAAUUCCUGGAAGGAUCCCUAGAGGAAUUUCCAGAGGAAUUCCUGAAGGAAUUCCAAGAGGAAUUAUUGGAAAAAUUUUCAGAGCAAUUUAUGGAGAAGUUCUGGAGGAAUUCUAAGAGCAUUCCCAGAAAAACUCCUGGAAGAAUUCCCAGAGAAAUUCCUGGAGGAAUUUCCAGAUAAAUCCCCAGUGGAAUUCCCUGAGGAAUUCCCAGAUGGAUUCCACGAGGAAUUCCCGGAGGAAUUCACAGAGGAAUCCCCAUAAUAACUCCUGGAGAAAUUCCCAGAGUAGUUACUGGAGGAAUUUCCAGAGUAAUUCCUGCAGAAAUACCUAGAGGAAUUCUCAGAAUAAUUCAUGGAGGAAUUCCCAGAGAAAUUCCUAUAGGAGUUCCUUGAAGAUUUCCUGGAAAAAUUUAUGGAUCAAUCCCUAGAGGAAUUCCCGCAGGGAUUCCUGGAAAAUUCUUUGAGGAACUUCCAGAGGAAUUUCCAGAGGAAUUCUCAGAGAAAUUCCUUGAAGAAUCCCUAGAGGAAUUCUCAGAGGAAUUAAUGGGGGAAUUUCUAGAGGAAUUCCUGGAGGAAAUUCUAGAGAAAUUCCAGGAGGAAUUUCCAAAGAAAUUCCUGUAGAAAUUCCCAGUGGAAUUCCCAGGGGUAUUCCAAAAGGGAUUCCCAGAGGGAUUCCCGGGGGAAUUCUCAGAGGAAUUGGCAGAAUA